AGCAGACAGAAGGUUCACAGGAGUCCAGGAGUUACUACUCCUUACCUUUUUUUUUUUUCCUUCCCUGACUUUAAGGCGAAACUCCCUGAGUCCGAUCCGGGUGACUUUUCUUUCUUUUUUUUUUUUUUUUUUUCUGAUCCGAAGCACCUCUGCGAGCGGCAGGUUGUUUUUUUUAUUCCUCUGCGAGGCGUUUCCUUCCAGGUAUAAUCACCACAACGGAGUCGAACGAGGACGACGGUCAGCGACCCUCCUUCACUUCUGCAAUCAUGAUGUCGAUGAACAGCAAGCAGCCUUUCAGCAUGCAUCCCAUCCUGCACGAGCCCAAAUACACGCCCCUGCACUCCAGCUCGGAGGCCAUCCGCAGAGCCUGCCUGCCCACACCGUCGCUUCAGGGCAACAUCUUCGCCGGCUUCGAUGAGACGCUGCUGCAGAGAGCCGAGGCUCUCGCCGCCGUGGACAUCGUGGCCCAGAAGAGCCACCCUUUCAAGCCAGACGCCACCUACCACACCAUGACCACCAUGACCAGCAUGACCUGCACCCCAACCUCCUCCUCCGCGCACCUGCACCACCCGUCGGUGCUCACCUCGCACCACCACCCGGCGCACCACCAGCCGGCGCAGGGCCUGGAAGGAGACCUGCUUGACCAUCUCACCCCGGGGAUUUCUCUGGGAGGCAUGCCCGGCUCGGACGUCUGCUCCACGGCCUCGCACACGGCUCACGCCGCGGCCCACAUGUCGGCCAUCAACCACAUGCAGCACCACCACCACACUCAGUCCAUGAACAUGCAUCCGCACGCGCUGGGAUCCCACGGCUCCAUGGGGAGCGCUGGCGGGGACGCGGAGCCCGACCCGCGGGAGCUGGAGUCGUUCGCUGAGCGCUUCAAGCAGAGGCGGAUCAAACUGGGCGUCACUCAGGCUGACGUGGGAGCGGCGCUGGCCAACCUCAAGAUCCCCGGGGUCGGCUGCCUGAGCCAGAGCACCAUUUGCAGGUUCGAAUCCCUGACCCUCUCACACAACAACAUGGUGGCCCUGAAGCCCAUCCUGGAGGCUUGGCUGGAGGAAGCGGAGCGGGCGCAGAGGGAGAAGAUGUCCAAGCCAGAGAUCUUCAACGGCGGCGAUAAGAAGAGGAAACGCACGUCCAUCGCCGCGCCGGAGAAGCGCUCCCUGGAGGCGUAUUUCGCCGUGCAGCCGCGGCCGUCGUCGGAGAAGAUCGCCGCGAUCGCCGAGAAACUGGAUCUGAAAAAGAACGUGGUCCGCGUUUGGUUUUGCAAUCAGAGGCAAAAACAGAAACGGAUGAAGUUUUCUGCGACGCACUGAAGCAGACUGCGACAGACCCGAGGGUCUCUGAGCCGGUUUCCACAGAGACAAACCAGAGACAAGCUGCUGAGGCUGGUCUGCUGGAGCCGCACUGUCAGAAUCAACAAGGUACCCGCACGGUACCUGCGCCUCUUUCCAGAGGGGAGAGGCUCUGCGUGGCGCACAGCCAGGGCCGCAAAGAUGCGCACUCAAAACAAGUCUCACAUUCUCUUAUUGAGAUUCGCACAUUGAAUACAUAAUAUGUUGUUUUAAAAUGUAAGUUUAGAUCAAGUAAAUUUGCUUCUUUCCCCAGAAAGAUGCCAGACAGACAAAACGUUUCAGAUCGAUUGUCAGGGCGGCACUAAAAACAAGUCACUAUGAUUUUUAUACAUUUUCAAUCUUAAAUAAAAAGGCAACUGAUGUUAAUCAUAGUUUCAGAGUAAUUAAACAGGCAUUUUUUGUGAAGAAAAAAAAAUCUAAAUUUAUGACUGAAUUUCAUAAUUUAUGCACUGACAAAACUUAAUUAUUUUAAAUUAAUUGGUUAAGUUGGUUAAAAUGAACCAAUUAAACUUCUACAUCUUUACAUUUUGUUGGAUUUAAUUUCAAAAGAAUUUCUGAGGAAAAUUAUUACAAGUUUACCUGCUAAGAGACACUUAAUAAACAUAUUAAAUGCAUCCCCAUUUUUAAAAUGUGUCAAAAUAAAAUUGUUAAAUUCUAACUUAUUAAAUUCAUUCAGUUCAUAAUCUUAAUCUUGUGCUAAAAGCAAAAAGUAAUAUUUGGUCUGCAAUAAAGGUAUCUAAUGCCACUGAAAUCCCGAUAAACGACUUAUGUCUACACUUUAAAAAUGAAUUUUGGAGAGUAUUAAUUGAUGCCCAUUGAAUUUUAAUUUGAAUAUAUAU